AUGGCGACCUAUCAAUCAGUACCGCGAGACGAUGACCAACCACUACCCAAAGGUGAAACCGCGCACAUGGCAACGACGACUGUAAAGGUGGAUGGCAUGACUUGUGGCGCCUGUACUUCUGCCGUGGAAGCAGGAUUCAAAGACAUACCAGGGGCCGGAGCUGUAUCUGUCAGCUUGGUUAUGGGUAGGGCGGUUGUACACCAUGACCCAGAAAAGCUAUCAGCAGACCGGAUAGCGGAGAUCAUUGAAGAUCGGGGCUUCGACGCAGAGGUCCUAUCCACACAUUUACCUGCACCACCCGCUUAUCUGGACACAUCUCAUCCAAAGAUCUCGACCACUACAUUAGCGGUUGAGGGCAUGACCUGCGGCGCAUGCACAUCCUCGGUGGAAGCGGGAUUUAAGAAUGUCCCUGGUGUCAAGAGCAUGAGUGUAUCGUUGUUAUCCGAGCGCGCAGUCGUCGAGCACGAUCCUACAAUAGUCUCCUCUCAGCAGGUAGCUGAGAUCAUCGAGGACAGGGGUUUUGGAGCCACCGUAUUAGAUACCAAGGUGCAGGACGACCUACGAGAUAUGAGUGCCACAAUACCCGAAGCUGAAGGGGUACAACCUGAUACAGCCAUUACCACGGUCGCGAUUGAAGGGAUGACCUGUGGAGCCUGCACAUCUGCUGUCGAAGGUGCAUUCGUGGACAUGCCCGGUCUUAUCCACUUCAAUAUUAGCCUUCUUGCCGAACGAGCCGUUAUUUCACAUGAACCCAUCAAGCUGUCCAUCGCAAAGAUCCUUGAGACCAUUGAGGAUGCCGGAUUCGACGCCAAGUUAGUUUCGUCACAAGCUGGUGGAAGUCAGCGGCUACAGUCGUCUACGUCAAUACAAUUGAAGGUCUACGGGCUUUCAGACGGCCUUGCAGCUACUACGCUCGAAAAUCUUCUCCGUCAAAAGUCCGGUGUUGCUGGAGUUGUGAUCAACCUUUCAACAUCAAGAGCAACGAUCACGUACAACCCGUCCCUGAUUGGCUUGAGGGCUCUUGUUGAAGCCGUCGAGGCCGAAGGGUACAAUGCUUUGGUAGCAGACACUGAUGACAACAACGCCCAGCUCCAGUCACUAGCCAAGACACGAGAGAUUCAAGAAUGGCGCUGGGCGUUUUUCUUCUCACUUUCGUUCGCCAUCCCGGUUUUCUGCAUCAGCAUGUUGAUACCCAUGUUUCUACCUUUCUGUGAUUUUGGCUACAUAGCCUUACUCCCAGGCAUAUAUCUUGGCGACGUUGUUUGCAUGUUGUUGACAAUCCCUGUGCAGUUCGGCAUUGGCAAGCGCUUUUACGUCUCUGCCUUCAAGUCUCUCAAGCAUCGAUCUCCUACAAUGGAUGUCCUUGUCGUUCUGGGAACUUCUGCCGCGUUCUUCUUCAGCGUCUUCGCCAUGAUUGUGGCCUUCUUGGUUCAUCCGCACAGUCGCCCAGGGACCGUUUUUGAUACAAGCACCAUGCUCAUCACUUUUAUCACUCUUGGAAGAUACCUUGAGAAUCGAGCAAAAGGUCAAACCUCCAAGGCGCUGUCGCGACUCAUGUCGCUGACUCCCUCCAUGGCCACGAUCUACGAUGAUCCGAUUGCUGCGGAAAAGGCGGCUGAAGGGUGGGAUGUGCCAUUCUCCCCUUCUGUCGAGAAAUACGGCGAUGUGGCCGAGAACAGAGCCAGAAAGGAAAAUACCCCUGGUCAGAGGGCCAUUCCAACCGAAUUGAUCGAGGUUGGAGAUGUCGUCAUUCUUCGACCCGGCGACAAAGUUCCUGCUGAUGGCAUGGUGACGCGUGGAGAGAGCUACGUCGACGAAAGCAUGAUCACUGGUGAGGCAAUGCCAGUACUGAAAAAGAAUGGUAGUCUGCUUAUUGCUGGAACUGUCAAUGGUGCCGGCCGAGUGGACUUCCGAGUCUCUCGUGCAGGUAAAGACACACAACUCAGUCAGAUUGUGAAUCUGGUCCAAGAAGCUCAAACUAGUAGAGCACCAAUACAACGCACGGCCGAUCAUGUUGCCGGAAUUUUUGUGCCGAUCAUCCUGUUGCUUGGACUGACUACUUUCGUGGUAUGGAUGCUGCUAAGUCAUCUUCUUUCAAGUCCACCAGAGAUUUUUAGGGACCAUCAAGGUGGAGGCAAGGUCAUGGUGUGUCUGAAGCUUUGCAUCUCGGUGAUCGUCUUUGCCUGCCCUUGUGCGCUUGGUUUGGCAACACCAACCGCUGUCAUGGUUGGAACUGGUGUGGGUGCCGAGAACGGCAUCUUAGUCAAAGGGGGCGCUGCCCUCGAGACAGCGACAAGAAUCACUCACGUCGUUCUUGACAAGACAGGCACUUUGACCGAGGGCAAGAUGAAGAUUGCUAGGGUGGAUCUAGAGCCGACUUGGACAACUAACAGCUUGCGCUACCGCCUUUGGUGGUGUAUUGUUGGUCUGGCGGAAAUGAGCAGUGAACAUCCCAUUGCGAAAGCGAUUUUUGAAGCCUCCAAAGAACAACUCGGGCUGACCUCGGAAGAGAAUCUGAAUGGAGCUAUAGGCAAAUUUGAUGUCUUUGUUGGGAAAGGAAUCAAGGCGACGGUUGAGCCUGCAUCUGUGGCAGAAAGAGCCAGAUACGAAGUCAUGAUCGGAAAUGCAUCUUUCCUUCAGUCAAAUGGCGUUGUCAUCCCCAAUUCAGUUGAUGAAGCUCCGGAGAGCAAUGUGGAUGCAGAGUCACCUUCGAAGGUCUCCUCAGCUACAGGUGUUACCCGCAUUCAUGUGGCGAUCUCCUCCCAAUACUCUGGAACCCUAUCACUUUCCGAUACGCUGAAGCCUACAGCUCCAGCAGCGAUUGCUGCUCUCCACAAAAUGGGUAUCAGCACGUCUCUUGUCACAGGUGACACGCUCAGUUCUGCUCAAAGCAUUGCCAAACUUGUAGGGAUCUCCAAGGAUCAAAUCAGGGCAUCUGUGUCACCAGCGCAGAAGAAAGACAUUGUGGCAGAACUACAAUCACAAGGCGAAACCGUAGCUAUGGUUGGCGAUGGCAUCAACGACUCUCCAGCUCUGGCAAGUGCUGAUGUCGGUAUUGCUCUCAGCUCAGGCACGGAUAUCGCCAUGGAUGCUGCCGACAUUGUGCUUAUGCGAGGAGAUGACCUGCUUAGCAUCCCUGCUUCAUUGUGUCUGUCACGCACGAUCUUUACCCGCAUCAAGCUCAAUCUGGCAUGGGCUGUCAUCUACAACGUCAUUGGGCUACCUUUCGCAAUGGGCUUGUUCCUUCCUUUUGGAGGAAUCAUGCUUCCGCCCAUGGCGGCUGGAGCUGCCAUGGCAUUUUCGAGUGUGUCCGUGGUUUCCUCGUCCUUGAUGCUGAAGUGGUGGCGCCGACCGGGCUGGCUGAAUGUUGACUUGUUGGAGCAGGAGAUCAAGAACGGCGGAGUAGGUAUCAGGAAAGACAAGCUGCGGGGGGUUUCUGGUUAUAUACGGCAAGCGUGGAGUUCUGGAUUGGGAUUUAUUGAUAGGAAAAAAGAACAGGACAGAGGUCAGUAUGUGCCGCUGAGUACGGUCGAGGCCUCUGUAUAG